AUGCAGAUUGAGUUUGGUUGUGAUUACACAUCAUUUGUCUCAUCAGACUUUGUGGAACUGUGUUGCAAAGGAUUUAAGGAACUUUUUGUCAGUGGAACAGAUAACAUUAUUUAUCGUCUGGCAAAGGAACUUAGUACUAAGAGAACAGAUGGUAGUGGGCCAAGACGUCCUAUUGAUAGGAUUGGUCUGUUCAGUUAUAACAUCUGGUAGUUUUCGUCAGAUUCAUCGAAUAACUUAAAGGCUGAUUGUGAUUUUAUAGAGUGGGAAACCACAAUAUACUCAAACUUUGGACAAAUGGAUAUGCUUGCAACAUGGUCCCGGGUUUGUGCAUGGAUUAAUUUUGUGAAGAACCUCAAGUUCAGGUCAACCCAACUGUUGUUCCAUGUAAUGCAGAUGAUGAAGCACAUGGUUAUGAUGUUAACUCGUGUACUGGUACUAUUGAUCCAAAGGAUUGUUUGUUACAGCAAGCAUGGAAUGAUAUUUUUAGCAAUACUGAUAACCGUUUAUCACUGUCUGAAAAUGAAACUGCUGGUAAUCCAGAGAGUUAUCUGCAAGCUAGUUCUUCAGCCACUGAUGAACUUAGUUUCUUGUGGGGCCGAUUAAGUAUUCAGGAGCAAGAAGAUGUCUCAUCUGGAGAAAAUCCCUCAGUCACUGAAGACCUUCAUGGUGUUACACCACAGCAAAAAACUGGAAGCAAGAAAACAGUUGACCCAAUGAAAUAA